AUGUUAAAAACAAGAUUCAUAAUAAAGCGUCUUAUCAAUAAAAAUCAAAUUACUCGUAACUUUGGUAUUGUUCAAUGUAGAUUAAUGGCAACGAAAACACCAUCAACUAAAGAUCAGCCAGAAUUUGAACAAUAUGGUACUUUUUGUAAUCCUCCUGAAGCAUUGGGUAUGAGAGACCCUCCAGUUGUUGAUCAUAAUAAUUGGAUUCAAAGAAAAAAGCAAAAACUUAGAGAUUUUGUUGACUAUGAAAAAGCAUUUGCAGCACAUGCUGCUGAACGAAAAUAUUUAAUCGAAGAAGCAACAAAAUCGUACUUUGCUGAUGUUCAUGAAAUGCGUAAACAUGGAGGGAAAAUGUAUUUUGCUAAUACACAGUUAAUAAAGCCAGAAAAGGCUGGCUAUAUGCCAAACUUUGAAGCUCAAAAUCUGUCAAGAGAAAAAAUGAAUACAACAGAAAAAUUAGUGGGUAAAACUACCUUGAUGACAUUUGUGUCUGCUAGUUUUGGAGCGCCUCAUGUUGAUUCAUUUAUCAAACCAUUUUUGGAAAAAUAUAAAGAUUCAGAGGAUAUUCAGGUAGUUGAAGUCAAUGUACAGGAAAACAUAUUGAAGCAACUACUUUUAAAAGCAUUUGUCCCCAGCCUUCGUAGAAAAUUACCUCAGGAACGAAGAAAGAAUUAUUGUUUAAUAUUCAAAGACAUAGGUCGUGUAAGGAGAAUGUUAGGCAUGACAAAUCAAUAUAUUGGCUAUGUAUUUUUAAUAGAUGAGGAUUGUAAAAUUCGUUGGACUGCUCAUGGUGAGGCUACACCUGAAGAAAUUGGUAACAUGUUAGCCAUGACAGACUAUUUACAUGAAAAAAAGAUAAAGAAUGAUGAUAUUAAAAAAUAA